CACUUGCGACGUUUUUAUGUUUUAUGUUCCAAAUUCCCCAAAUCACCUUCUUUUUAACUCCAUACCCUAAGGAGCGAAAUUCUCAAUUCGAUUUUCAAAUUAACGGAUCCACCAGGGAUUUAGGAAAGACAUGUCGUUUGAUUUGAUGCUAAAGCAGUCGUGUGACGGCUGUCGAUCGACGGUGGAGUUGUAUGGUAGCAACUGUAAGCACAUGACGCUUUGUGUGACUUGUGGAAAAACCAUGGCUGAGCGGAAGGAUAAGUGCCGGGACUGUGGCGCCACCAUCACUCGUUUAAUCCGGGAAUAUAAUGUCCGUGCAAGUUCAGCCAGCGAUAAAAAUUACUUCAUAGGAAGAUUUGUGACUGGUUUACCGAGUUUCUCAAAGAAGAAAAAUGACAACAAGUGGUCUCUCCAGAAAGAAGGAUUACAAGGACGUCAAAUCACAGAUACCCUACGGGAGAAAUAUAAGAACAAACCUUGGCUUUUGGAGGAUGAAACUGGGCAAUUUCAGUAUCAGGGUGUUCUUGAGGGUGCACAGACGGCAACAUACUACCUUCUAAUGCUACAGGGGAAGGAGUUUGUUGCGAUACCUGCUGGUUCAUGGUACAACUUCAACAAAGUUGCGCAGUACAAGCAACUUACGCUCGAGGAAGCAGAAGAAAAGAUAAAAAAUAGAAGGAAAACUGCAGAUGGUUAUCAGAGAUGGAUGAUGAAAGCAGCAAACAAUGGGGCUGCUGCUUUUGGUGAAGUUGAGAGGUUUGAUGACAAGGAAGCUGGUGGAGCAGGAGCUGCAGGUGGGAGAGGGCGUAAAAAGAACAACACUGAGGAUGAGGAGGCAAAUGUGUCAGACCGGGGAGAAGAAGAUGAAGAUGAAGAGUCUGCACGGAAAAACAGACUUGGACUCAACAAGAGAGGAGGUGACGAUGAUGAGGAAGGUCCUAGAGGUGGUGAUCUUGAUUUUGAUGAUGAUGAUAUUGAGAAGGGUGAUGACUGGGAACAUGAGGAGAUUUUCACAGAUGACGAUGAAGCUGUCGGUAAUGAUCCUGAGGAACGGGAAGAUUUGGCCCCUGAAAUCCCUGCCCCUCCAGAAAUUAAGCAGGAUGAAGAAGACGAGGAGGAGAAUGAAGAAGAGGAAGGAGGACUGAGCCAAUCUGGAAAGGAGUUGAAGAAGCUGCUUGGGAAAAAUAAUGGGGUGAAUGAAUCAGAACCAGAACAAGAGGAUGAUGACGACGACGAUGAUGAUAUUGAAGAUGAAAGUUCCCCUGUUCUUGCACCAAAGCCUAACAAUGCGUCUUCAAAGCGUAACAAUCCUCCUAAAGAAGAACCAGUUGACAGUAGCCCCUCAAAGCCAGCUUCUACAGGGUCGGCUCGGGGAACCCCAUCUUCAUCCAAGUCAUCCAAGGGAAAGAGGAAAAGCAGUGAUGAGGCUAAACCAGCAAAUGGUGCAGCUCCAAAGAAAGUGAAAACAGAAAAUGAGGUGAAACCUGUGAAGGAUGACCCGGUUUCCACUUCAAAAAGUAGUGCGCCAACGAAAGGUGCAUCAUCUUCAAAACCGGCAGUUUCCCCAUCUACUGGACCUGUGACGGAAGAUGAAAUUAGGGCAGUUCUGUUGCACAAGGCACCUGUCACCACACAGGAUCUUGUUGCCAAGUUUAAAUCCAGGCUACGGUCUAAAGAGGACAAGAGUGCUUUUGCGGAUAUCCUGAGGAGGAUUUCCAAGAUACAGAAAACCAACGGUCCAAGCUAUGUCGUGUUGAGGGACAAAUGAGAGCAUCUUGUGGAUCCGUUAGCAUGCAUGCACGCUCAGUGGUGGUUGUGUGGUUCACCGAGUCGACUUAAGCCUGGACACAUGAUGGAAGGAAGACGUGACCUCCAAAGAAAUUGGAAAUGGAUUAUGGAUUCCGCCGGUUGAUUUAUUUUUCUGAUUACAUUACUUGGCAUCUACAAGGUAUGUUUGCAGAUGACUUUUGGUAUAACUUAGUGUCAAAAAUCUUCAUCUUCAUGUGUGUAAAAUAAACCCGAUGUAAAUCGUCAUCAGCAAUAGACGUUUUUUUUUGUGUUAAAAAUGCUGCUUUUCUGCUC